AUGACCUUCAAGUUUUCAACAAUCGAUCUCACUGAAGAUCCUCCUGAUUUUGAUCCGCAUUCGCCGCCUGCUUCUCGGUCAUCGACGAUUUGUCUGCCGCUUAAUCCUGCUGGCUGCAGUUUCAUCAAAUCUUUAACAUCCUGCCAGGUCGCUGCCGGAGCUUCUCUGUGCUUGGCUAAGCCAGCUUCCAACUUUGGUUGCUGGAGGCCAAGCGAAUCGAUCCAAUGUCCCGAGGAAGGACGCCUUAAAAGGUUCACUGUCCGCGAGCUGAAGCUCGCUACCAACAACUUCAGUGAGACAAAGAAGGUGGGCGAGGGUGGGUUCAGUCGCGUGUACGAAGGACACUUGGCGGACGGCUCCAGUGUGGCGAUGAAAAGACUCACUAGACAUCCCUCUCUGGGAUCGAUACUCCGUGCUGAAUCAACAGAGAAGCGCCCACUAGAUUGGCCCACCAGGAAGAAAAUAGCAAUUGGAGCAGCGAGAGGGAUUUCCCAUUUGCAUGAUCUGAGGAUAAUUCACAGGGACAUUAAACCCUCUAAUAUACUGUUGGAUGAGGACUUCAAGGCCCGUAUCGGAGAUUUUGGGUUGGCCUUGUUCAUGGACGAGUACAAAGACAAGGCUGUUUCCGAAGGAGAACCCAAUGGUGAAGACACUUUUUUUACCGACUGGACAGUGGGGACAUUUGGUUACAUGGAUCCAGAGAGCGGUGCCGGAAGAUACUCUGUAAAGAGCGAUGUUUAUGGGUUUGGCGUGACGCUUCUUGAACUGAUAAGCGGUCGAAGAGCUUGCCAAACAACCUGCCUCGAUGGAGACGAACUGGUGCUGCCUCAAUUGGCACAUGCCCUUCUAAAGAACGAAAAGCUGGAAACGAUCAUUGAUACCAACAUGCCCGGCGGCUAUGACGAGAGUGAAGUCGAGAAAGCCAUUCGUCUGGCUCUGCUUUGCACGCAACUCGACCCCACAAGACGACCUUAUAUGGCUGAAGCAGUCCUAUUUCUCGAAGGAAUUAUUAGCUUGGAGAAAAGAUGGGAGAAGUAUGAACCCGGAGAUGAUUUUAUCUGA